AUGGGAGCCAAGUUAUCCAACAAUAAUACAAACUCGAGGCCUGGAUUCACCGUCGAUGCGAAUCAAGGCAAUCUUGCCACGGCGGCUGGUAUGAAUCGCAUGAAUGGAAGUCGACGCGACUCUCGUCUGCGUACCCGCGCUGUAGAUGUGUCAAAUGGAGCAAACGCUUACAACGAGGGCACUUCUUCCUUGCCUUCCGAUUCAUCACCCAAUGAAUUUUUUAAUGGCGCGUACUCCUUGCCAUCGCGAUUCUAUUCAUUAGUCCAUUUAUCAGGCAAACAAGCCUGGCUGGCUAAUCCAGAGCGUUAG